UUGUAAAGCUGAGGCUGCAGUUUGUUCCUCAUGAGUUGGGUUUGGUUCUCGCCGGUUUACAAGAGGUGGGYUAGCAGGRAGGGGGGAAUCAAUCCCAGCUUUUGAUUGGAUGACGCCGUGCCACGUGCGCGUUUYGUUAYCACSGUAUCGCGUGAGCAAAUGUGAUUACCUGACAGGUUGCUCCGUGUGGCGCUCGGAGAUCUCAUCGCAGGUUUCGUCUGGAGCCCCUGUUGACCUCCUUCAGGGCGAACAAGGUGCAAAAAGCCCGACUUUGACUAACAAAAUGGCUCUGAGCUCCUUCGACAUCGAUGCUCCCCGGUGGGAUCAGUCCACCUUUAUGGGGCGGCUGAAGCACUUCUUCAACAUCACCGACUGCAGAACCGCGGUCCUCCCAGACUCACGGCUGGAUGAAGCCAAAGCGCUAGUAGAAAGCUGCAGGGCCGGAUCCACUCCCCCAGGUACCUCAGUGGAGCAGCUGUACUAUGCAAAGAAGCUGUAUGAUUCGGCCUUCCACCCAGACACGGGGGACCGCAUGAACCUCAUCGGCCGCAUGUCCUUCCAGGUCCCCGGAGGCAUGGCCAUCACGGGCUUCAUGCUGCAGUUCUACAGGACCGUUCCUGCUGUGGUGUUCUGGCAGUGGGUCAACCAGUCCUUCAACGCUCUGGUCAACUACACCAACCGCAACGCCGCCUCUCCCAUCUCCCCAAAGCAGAUCGGAGUGGCUUACGUUACAGCAACCAGCACAGCUUUAGCAACAGCAGUGGGACUMAACCUUUACACGAAGAAAGCUCCUCCUCUCGUGGCUCGCUGGGUCCCGUUUGCUGCCGUGGCAGCAGCCAACUGUGUCAACAUUCCCAUGAUGCGGCAACAGGAGAUUCUGAACGGCAUYGCUGUCACUGAUGAAAACGGCAACAAACURGGUCACUCAAAGAAAGCAGCAGUAAAAGGCAUCACUCAGGUGGUCAUCUCCCGGAUCACCAUGGCAGCACCAGGAAUGAUCAUCCUCCCCAUCAUCAUGCAGAGGCUGGAAAAGUACAAGUUCAUGCAGAGAAUCACGUUUCUUCACGGACCAAUUCAAGUCAUGCUGGUGGGAGUCUUUCUGAUCUUCAUGGUGCCAGCGGCCUGCUCCCUGUUCCCUCAGCGAUGCUCCAUGGCCGUGUCGAAGCUGGAGCCUGAGCUCAGAGACUCCAUCGUGUCUCAGUACGGAGACAAAGUCCAGCUAGUUUACUUCAACAAAGGCCUCUGAGGGUCAGACUAAGGGCUGCUUGCUGUUUCUACUGUCGCACACUGCAUGGGCUGCUGCAGUCAGAGCUUUCACAAAGCAUGCCGCCAUUUUUAAUCAUUGAUCUAAAAGAAUUUAUAGGUUUAUUUCAUUUCAGAGUCUGCUUCUUGUCCGUCGUGUUCAGCUUUCCUUUGUCACCAAUCCCUUCUCUGUAGAGAGGACAGCUGUUCUGAAACCAAACSAUUUCAACUCAGGAACGCAGCGUUACUUUGCCUUUGUAGACCUUUGUUGUAAAAYGRGCCACCGGUGUCCUGAUCCUCGCUACAGCCUGUGCCUUUUACAGAGCAACAGGAGCAACGCUGCUGAACUCAAGUUAUUUGUUUUUAUCCGUUGGCUUCACUGUGGAGCCAUAAAAUGCCUUUAUGAACGCGAUGAGUUUUAAACGGUCCCUCAUUCUAGUAGAAGCUGCUGCCCUCUUGUGCCAGAAAGGAGUAAUGCAGGAGAUUUGCUGUUUCAUUUGAAAUGGUUGCCAMCCUGACGGUUUAGCUGUGUAAACUUCAACCUCAGCAUGAACUGCAAUAAAACCCACAGUUUUAAAACUGAG